UGGCAGAACAAUCAAGUGGUUUGCUAUUUGCAUAAAAUAAACUCGAAAAGUAAGAAACACUUAAAUCAUUGUGAACAAUAAAUUUGGAUAACAUUAAGAGGAAAUGAAUCAUUUAUAGUUUUGGUAAAAUGGACUCAACACAAUAUUAAAAUACAAACUAAAUAUAACUGCUGAUCUCAUUGCUUGAACAAGGAUCUAAGUGCUAGCGUGUUUUUAUGUUAUUUUUGAAGAAACAUAUAACACCACAUUAUCUAACACAACGACAACGAACAGAUUAAUAAUCAUCUCUUUUGGAUAGUUUGGAAACGUGUCAGGGCUAUCUUUAAGAUUCAAAUUAGUUGAACGUUAACAUUUAAAUAGGACAAUGAAUAAGAGUCUUAAAAUAACAUGUAUUAAAUUAAUUGCAUGUACAGUGGUAUUAAGCUUGCAUUUAUGUGGAACUUUUGUGCCAGGAUGGAGAAUCAGGAGAGAAGACACGCUAACAAAUGCAACGCAUUCGUUUUCUUGUCCGCGCAUUGGUUUGUGGGUAGCGGAACUAUGUUCCAAAGAAUAUUGCAAUUACGUCUUUAUUCCAUCGAUGACAAAUGAUCAGACUGAUGAAAAUCCAACCACGUGGACACCUCACCUAGUUUUUGGCACGAUCAGUUUGCUGGCGAGUCUCAUAACUUCUUGGCUUAUCUGGGCUCACACCGUUCGGCCGAAAGAAUCUACCAGCGCAACAGCGGUUGAUUUGCUGAUGUAUACAUUCGCAUGCCUAUCAGGAAUAUGCUCGAUAAUUCCAAUGACCGAUGUUUUAAGCGAAAACGAAAAACUUCAGGAACGGAACAAUUUGAAGUUUCAGUCACCAUAUUCGCUAGUUAUGUUCGGAAUAGGCGGAUUUUCUAUGAUCUUAGUAGCGUCCUUAUCUGUAGUUUCUAAUUGGAAGAAGUGUCUGCCAUUAGGAGCAUUGACAUUUCCUUAUGUUGAUCAAACGGACCAAAACAGUUCACCAAACACUACUGCAUUAACAGAUGAGAAAAACGACAACAAUUGCAACAAUACAGUUGACCACGUACGAAGAAAACGAAUUAACAAAGCAAUGGUGUUGAUUAUCAGUGGUUUGAUUGUGUCGAAUGUUCUCACCAUUAUCUCAUUGGCAACAACGGGCUGGAUAAAAGUUAAAGACAUUAACUGCGAGCAAAUUGUUAAAUAUGGUCUGUUCUCUAGCGACCUUUGUGAUGAGUGCUCUUUGGUCCCAGAGUGCAGGAACGCAAUUGAGUUUACCGAAUCGGUCAAAGUCAAAAGCCUCCUGGCCUAUUUUUUCAACUUGUUUGCAUUAGCAGCUGCAUUCAUUAACAGACCACCAGCCUGGAGGGGAAUUCGAGCAAUGUUGAUGUUCGUGUUCUUAACGUGUCAAUUAUUUUCAGCUGUUUUUACCAUUAACGUUGCUGUCCAUGUGCUUAUUAUUCCACAAGAACAGUUGGACAAAUCAGUGGUGGUGUCAUAUUCAUUGUAUAUAUACGGUGUGGCAAGUUUACUUUCUUUAACAACAAGCUUGGUAACAAUAACAUACGUUAUCCACAACCGUUUACCCGAAAACCAUGGCACAUCGACCGACAAUACUAUAUCAAACGCAGCCAUAGUUGUCAUCGACGCCAAUAGGCAAGAGCAUACGAAGGAAUCUGCUUCGGCGAUGUUUGUGCCAGAAAUGUUACCGACUAAUGCACCGAGCGCGUACCUGGCUCUUUCUUUUGAUGAUACACAAGAGCACGUUUAUGGAUGUGCUUCAGGGAGUAUUAUGUCCGAAACGUCUCCGGUAUCUGAUAAACAGAACACGGUCGGUGCUGCAUCGAGCAACGUCAAUGUCAAUGCUGUAUCGAAUACAACCACGACAGAUUGUGCUGACGAUACUCUUGGUCACGACUAUGAACCUGUUUCGAGGAAAAUAAUAUCAACACGGUCCCACACAACCCGCGGACAUAGUAACACAAAUGCUAUAUCAACUUCUAACUUAAUUGUGGACGAUGGCAAUGCGUCAGAACACGUUUAUGAACUUGAAGAAGCAACAAUAUCUGCGAUUCCAGGAGAAUAUAAUCAUCGUAAUGCUACGUCAAAUGCAGUCAUGACUGCUGAUGAUGGCGAUAGAGUUAAAUACUCUUAUGAGCUUAUCCCGAUUACAAUAUUGAAGCAAGGUGAGCCAAAAGAUGGAUUUGUAAAAAUGUAUACCAAAAAAGACACAUUAGCGCCACCUCAAGUACCCUCAAACCCAUCGGAACGAGAUUAUGAACUCUAUUUCUGAAAUUUAAGUAAGACACUAGUUAUGUCAAAAAUGUUUAAAAAAAGCUGAGGAUUACAUAACAGUUUCUGAUAUAUUUAAUUUUACAUCCCAUAACAUAUUAAUUGUUAAUUUAAUGAGAUCUUACUUGCUAAAAUACUCUAGACAUGUUCAUAAAUUAACUUCCUACAAAUGUACUUGAUACAUUGAAGUAGUUGUUUUUACUUGUUCGCUUUCAUGCCUGUAAACACAUAUCUCUGUAUUCAUAUUUAACAUAGCAUCACACCUAUAAUAUACAUCUGCAGCAGAUACCCAUCGUAUGAAUGUACAAUAUGGUUUAUUAUUAUUCUUUUAAUAAAGUAGGGAUUCUUUAAAACGUUGAUGUAAUAACUGUAUGCAAAAUUGCCAUCGUUUUCUAAUUUUAUUUUACUGUUUGUAUUUAUAUAUUGAAUAAAAAAUAUACCUUUA